AUGUCGAGUGCGGAUGAUGGUGAACGUGGGGGCACUGCAGCUGCAACUUCGCGCCCAAGCUCCGCCGUCCACUCCCCUGCCGACCACUCCCAUCAUUCUGCGGCCUCUACAUCACAACCCUCUUCUACUCUUGACGACACAGACUUCUCGACCUGGUCCAGCAGCUUGGGCUCUCAUACCGUAAAUACUAUUUCCACCAGCCAGUCGCCUGCCCAUUUUUUCUCGACCGACAGAUCCAAUACCAGUGCCACUUUCCUUCAAUCUACAAAACCCGCAAACCCCAGCCUCAGUCCCAACAACCUGGAUCUCUCCACCCCAGACGUCCUUGCUCGAAAUGAGUCGCUGCUACGGGACGCCGUCUUCCCCGAGUGGAAGGACGAUGCCCAAUCCUCCGUCCUCGACAGUCCAGAAGAGAUGCAAAAGAAGGACCCUCUAGGCACUCAGAUAUGGAAAUUGUAUAGCCGGACCAAAUCUCGCCUCCCCAACCAGGAGCGCAUGGAAAACCUGACUUGGAGGAUGAUGGCUAUGAAUCUACGCCGUCGAGAGCAACAGCAAGCAGCGUACGGGAAACAGGGCCCUCAGGGCAGCGACCGCCCCAGUGCUAAUACUGAUUAUCUUUCCAGAGCAAAGCAAGCACAGCUCAAGAAUCCCACUCCCCCCUCAUCCGCCCCUAGCGGGAUAGCCCAGCAGCUCCGCAGGUCGGUGGACAAGUCUGCUGAAAUCGAGCAACCUUCAGAUCCCAUGAACCUCGACGAAUUCAUCGUGCCGAGUUCAGUCGCCUCCCCUGCGGGGAUGACGUCUCCCGCGCCGUCGGAGACCCCGGGGCGGCCAAAGACAACACAAGUACCUCCUAUCCCUAUCAUUACCGCCCGUAGCAAGCCACAAGUUCAGAUUCCCAAGAAUCUCCCCCCGUCGUCAAUGCCCCAGACAUCUAUCCCAACGCAUCGAACAUCAGAAUUCGAGUAUGUCAAGAAGAGAGUUCGCAAGACGAGCAUUGACGAGAGGAGAGGUAACCGUAAGCGUCCGGCGGAAUUUUCCCCUCAAGUGCCUCCUUUACCUGCUCCCCAUGCUACAAAUGGUGUGGAAAUGGACGCUGGUGUACCCGACUACACGCUUGAUCAAUCAACAGCCUCCCAAUUCCCGGGUCAACCUAGCUUCCAAGGCCCAAUGUCUCUCCACCUGGAUUCUUUCCACCUCGGUGACGAUCCAAUCCUCACAUCGGCUGGGCCGUUCCAACAGAACUUCGCCUUUUCUCCCGCAGCAUCGCCCAUGGUCACCAACGGGCCGUUCUCGAACGUGUAUACUCAAUCUUCGAUGGCUUCGUCUUUGAAUUCUGCGGAUUUUUAUUCCCCUCCUCAAUCCGGCUACCCUUCUGCCGUUUCGACGCCCCAGCCGGGGCAUGAAGUAGACGGUCAAGGAUUUUACUUUGACCAGAAUGGUCACACGCGAACCAUGCCUUUCUAUCCAUCUCACCGAGGGACCCAUUUGAUGACCCCCGCGGCCCCGCAGUUUGCGUAUGGGCCCAACAAUGAGCAAGUCUAUUCUCUCAUGAAUGGGGUACCUUCCGCACAAACGACAAACGGGUUUUCUCUACAGCAACACGUCGAUCCUUCCCGAGUACUUGUUCCGGAAUAUGGACGACGGGUCUCGCCCGGAGUCUCUGUGGCCGGGAAUGAUAAUUUGUUCCAGUUUGGUGCCGAUUCGGAUGCGGAAGACGAUGAUACAAAUUUUGCAAUGAUCCAAUCCGAAUAUGGCCAGAUUAGUGACCCAACAUUGGACUUGAAUUCGGGUCUACAAUGGGACCCAAACGUCGCUGAUUAUGGCAACAUGCAGCGAUUCGGCAGCGGUCCCGGGAAACAGGUGAGAAUAGGGGGCGCGGAAAUGGUCAAUUCGCCUCCAGAUUGGGCUUCCUCGAUGCUAGGUCGCACGCACGGCUCAGCAGCAUCGAUCAGCGACAUUCGGAACCGCGAUCAGGACCCAAGAAGACAGAAAAUUCCUCGGACGACCUCGACACCUGCCUUAUCUAACCAGCAUAUGCAGUCUACUGGUAGCUCGCCCGGCGAGUCCGGCUUUAGCAGUCGACAACCGUCGAGGCCCAGCAGCCCUGGACCAAAGAACCCGGAUCAAAAUGGUGUCCCAACCACAUGCACCAACUGUUUUACCCAGACCACGCCCCUCUGGCGACGAAACCCUGAAGGCCACCCACUGUGCAACGCAUGCGGGUUAUUCCUCAAGCUGCAUGGUGUCGUGCGUCCCUUGUCGCUGAAGACUGAUGUCAUCAAGAAACGUAAUCGUGGGAGUGGAAAUACGGUUCCUAUGGGUUCAGCAGCCACCAGAGCGUCCAAAAAGGCCUCCCGAAAGAAUUCGGUUCAGCAGACACCGGCCACAACGCCAACGUCUGGCAACGGCGCAAGCGAGCAAAAUUCAGCGUCCCCAUCUUCGGUGCAGGGCUCGGCACAUUCGGGAUCUGCUGUCACAACCCCCACGAGCUAUCCACCUGGCACGACAGGAGGGAAACCUGGGGUGGUACCAAUCGCUGCGGCGCCACCUAAACCACCUGUCCAGCCGGGUCCCAACAUGGCCCGGCCGGUCCAGGUAACACCGAAACGUCAGCGACGUCAGUCACGGGCGUCCACCAACACAUUGCCCAUUCUAGCCGGAAACGGCGGCUCGACAAAUGAGGCGGAAAUGCACGACGCUAGCCAGUCGACACCCAAGGUCACUCAAGCUCCUGUUACUCGGGCCAAGGCAGCCAGCAUGUCUUCGACGGCGGGGGCCACCACAAUGGCCUCGGUGAUGCAGGGCGGGCUGCUCAAUUCAGGCGUCCAGAACCUGGCCAAUGGUCCGCAUGGGAACAGCCAGGAAUGGGAAUGGCUGACGAUGAGUUUGUGA